CUGCCUUGGAAACCAUACUGUCCUAUAGGGUGGCUUUGAGCUGGAAUCAUCUUGAUGGCAGUGAGUUUUUUAGAGUAUGGUUGGUAGUGAUGAUGUUGCUCUAGAUUUUUCAGUUUCCAUUUUUUGCUCAAUAUUUUUAUAAUCGAUAACAUGAAGUUUGAUAGACAUUUCCGAAAUAUAAGCAUCUUCUGAAAAUAAUUCAGAUCUGAACCUGUGCAUUAUAUUACACUGGGUAGUGAAAUGUAGUGAUUGCCAUUUGAAUUUUAAAAUUCCUUAGAGUUUUGGUUGUGUGUGUUUGAUUUAUAAUAAACCCUUAAAAAAAUUAAACAAAAUUUUGAAGCCCUGUGUCAUGCCAUUUUAGGGGAAGUAUUGUCUUUAUGUGGGUGUGUUCUAGAGCAGAGAUUUUAAGGUACUUAGUCGCCAUGUUUAAUUUGUCUUCCAUGACUCUGCUCAGUGAUGUUCUCUGAAAGGAAGUAUUCCGGGUGGUAGAGCCUUGUGUGUUAUUACUCACACGUAUUGAAAUGGUUUACCUGAUACAUUACAUGGAUUAUCUUAUAUUUUCCUUUAAAAUAUCACUUUUGGAGCCAAGUUAAGAUGACUGUCUUAGCAAAACAUGAUUUCAUUUCACAGUGAUCUUCUUGUACCAGUGAGUUUGGCAGUAGAUUACGUAUGAAAAUCUUCUUCAUUUGUACAUUAUGGUUUCUGUGAGAAUUUCAGAGCCGAACAGUAAAUGGACAUACAUAUAAGAUUUGAACAUGGAAUUCAAUCCUUCAGACCAUCCUCGGGCCAGCACAAUAUUCCUCAGUAAAUCUCAGACGGAUGUGAGAGAAAAACGCAAGAGUCUCUUCAUUAACCAUCAUCCUCCAGGACAAAUAGCAAGGAAAUACAGCUCCUGCUCCACUAUUUUCCUAGAUGAUAGCACAGUCAGUCAGCCAAACCUCAAGUAUACAAUUAAAUGUGUAGCUCUUGCAAUAUAUUAUCACAUCAAAAACAGGGACCCAGAUGGAAGAAUGCUCUUAGAUAUUUUUGAUGAAAACCUUCACCCUCUUUCGAAAUCCGAAGUGCCACCAGAUUAUGACAAACACAACCCAGAGCAGAAACAGAUCUACCGGUUUGUUCGGACGCUGUUCAGCGCUGCCCAGCUGACGGCUGAAUGUGCCAUAGUCACCCUGGUAUAUCUUGAGAGACUUUUGACGUAUGCAGAGAUAGAUAUCUGUCCGGCAAACUGGAAGCGAAUUGUACUUGGGGCUAUCCUGCUGGCCUCCAAGGUGUGGGACGACCAGGCAGUCUGGAACGUGGAUUACUGCCAGAUCCUGAAAGACAUCACAGUCGAAGACAUGAAUGAGCUAGAGCGACAGUUUCUUGAAUUGCUCCAGUUCAACAUCAACGUUCCUUCCAGUGUUUACGCCAAGUAUUAUUUUGAUCUCCGUUCUCUGGCAGAAGCAAACAACCUGAGCUUCCCCUUGGAGCCCCUCAGCAGGGAGAGGGCUCACAAGCUUGAGGCCAUCUCUCGGUUGUGCGAGGAUAAGUACAAGGACUUGAGAAGACCCACACGGAAGCGGUCGGCGAGUGCUGACAACCUGACUCUGGCGAGGUGGUCCCCGGCCAUCAUCUCCUAACAGGGGACCUCCUUUUCCAAGGACUGUUUCCAUCCCUCUGCUUUCUCCUUUAGUUCGAGAAAAGACAAGACUUGGGGUGGUUUUUUGGUUUUGCUUUCAUUUUUUCCUUCCCUUUUCUUUCUUUCUUUUUUUUAAAUUAGUAGCUCCAUCAGACUGUCAGCGACACCUCCGCGCCAUGGCCACCUGCAGCAAGGCUUCGGGGACGCGAAGUCAGUAUUCUGGAAAUCCUGUUUCAUGCCUUUCCGCCAUCAUCAUUAAUAGCAUUUCGUUUGUGGAGGAAACACUGACUCUAAUCCUGGAGGAGGAAAUAAAGGGAAAGAAAAGUAGUAUAGAGGCAGGGAAAGAUGUCUGAAUGGCUUUGCCAUCUCCUAAGUCCACCUGUCUCGUCAGUAGAUCAAUAUAACGUGAAAAAAAAGCCUAGAUAAACAGAUUUGGAUGUGCAUUAAAGAAACCGAGUGGCCGUGUUUUAUCAUAACCUCUUUGGAUUAGUAUGUUCUGUGAGACUUUUUGCAUUCCUUCUUGCUGCUGCCUUUGGGUCUGGGGGAUUUUUGUUUGUUUUCACGCUGUUUUGGUUUUGGUCCCACAGAGCAGAGAAUAUAGUUUGUACCUGCCAUGGCACAGACCUCCAAAUAAAUAGUAUUGGUUGCUCCUCCCUGCACUCUUCCUGUGAGCUGUCUUCUGAGCUUUUUUCCUCACAAGUGGGACGCACUUGUUACGUUUCCGUACACCUUUAUAUGAUCUACUUUUUCUUCAACAAUGGCAAAAUUAACUUUACUGUAGUGCUGAACCAAAAGUCCCCCUUUCCACCCUUAUCCCUCACCCCAAGAAAAUUCUACAUCACACAGGUGCUUGUGCCUUCCUGUUUUCUCUGACCUGAAGUUGUUAAAAAACCAGUCAGACUUUGUGGGCUGAAGGAAACAAUGUGCCGCAGAAGGUCCCUUCUGGAUGAGAUUUGUUUUUCAGGUGUUUUCCUGAAGUCACUGAGAAGGAGCCAUUUUUUUGUACACCCUGCCUAGUUCAUUAUUCCAUGUUCACAUCCAUUGUUGCAAGCAAUAUUCUUCUCAAUUUUUAUAUGUUUACUUUAAAUCAGAGUUCUGUCUAUUUGUAUAAAAUUUUUAAAAAAUCUAAAAUUAAAAAAAAAAAACAGCAACAAAAAAACAAAGGUGGGU